AAGUCAAAAUAAUUCCAUCGGCUUUCAACACUUUCAUUUUUGUGUUUCCAUCUUCUCAACCACGCCCCAAAUUGAACAAAUGAUAGUCCAAACUGACACAAACAAAUCUGACGUCAUUACAUACGAGUUGAGAGUAGGAAAAGCAGCGUUUCGAUCUCUGCAGUCACUGCUUUUUGCCGCCGAAUCUCUUCCCACAACCCACAUUUUUGGGCGGAAGAAUCGAUUAGAGUCGGGUGCCGGCAGGUACCACAACUAGUUUGCAUACUGUUGGAACUGAAGGCAGCAAGCCCUGCAGUUAUGGCUGAAGCUCAUGUUGCUGUUGCUUUUAGUUUCGCCAUUACUCAUGAAGGAGUUAACAUUAAUUAUGAUAAAGAAGUUUUAAGCCUUGUUUGGAACAGUGGAGUUAGAUCAUGGAAGAAAAGAUUUGCCCGCUUUAUGAAUAAUAUUCAUUGUGGCAUCUAUCCGGCAUCAAUAUCUAGUCUUUUUAUCCUGACUACUCUUAUGGUCUCUCUAUUCUUGGCCAAUGUUGAUGCAUCAUUUGGUGGAAUCACUUACCUGGAAAAGUAUAUUCCUGGAGAUUCUUUUGCUCCCUUUACUAUAAAACUGGCUGCCUGUGUGGCUUACAGUUUUUGUUUAUGGAUUACAAUUAUUCUAAUGCUGCGAUACACCCUCAAACUUCUUCUUAUGUAUAAAGGAUGGAUGUUUGAAGGUCGACAUGGGAGAAAAACGUCUUUGAAAACCUACAUUUGGGCUGGUUUGGUGAGAACACUGACCAUGAAAAGAAGUCCCAUGUUAUAUUCAUUUCAGAGUUCUCUUCCUCGAUUACCACUCCCAUCUCUUGAGGGCACAAUGAAACGAUACCUAACUACUGUACGGCCAUUAUUAGACGAUGAUAAAUACCACAAAAUGGAGGAAAUGGCCAUGGAGUUUAAAACAGGUGUUGGUAAAAAACUUCAGCGCUAUUUGUGGUUGAAAUCUUGGUGGGCAUCUAAUUAUGUAACUGACUGGUGGGAAGAUUAUGUUUACUUAAGCGGUAGAUCGCCAUUGCUGGUGUACAGUAACUGUUAUGGUUUGGACUAUGUUCCCCUUCCGACAACCUCACAAUCUGCAAGAGCUGCCAAUUUCAUUCAUGCUGCAAUGACUUUUAGGAAACUCCUUAACACUCAAACACUAAAGCCUGUCACUGUACAAAAUUUUAUUCCUUUGUGUGCCUGGCAAUAUGAAAGGAUGUUUAAUACUACUCGAGUACCAGACCCAGAGAAAGAUAGGGUUGUUCAUCUGUCUGAUUCUCAACACUUGGCUGUCUACAAUAGAGGACGUUUUUACAAGUUAAUGUUAUAUAAUAAAAACCGCCUUUUGAAACCUGCUGAAAUUCAGUGGCAAUUGCAACAAAUUUUAGAAGAUCAGAGUGUGCCUUAUCCUGGAGAAAACCACCUUGCUGCACUCACAGCUAACAACAGAACUGUGUGGGCAAAUGCCAGAACGACAUAUUUUUCUAAAGGUCUCAACAAAUCUUCUUUAAAGAUUAUUGAAGAUGCAGCAUUUUUUUUGGUUUUAUAUGAUGAAGACUUAGAUUUUGAUCCUAAUGAUCCCUCAAAGCUCAAUAAGUUCUCACAAGCUCUGCUCCAUGGAAAAGGCUAUAACAUGUGGUUAGACAAGUCUUUCAAUAUUGUUGUUUCCAAAAAUGGGAGGUUGGGCUGCAAUUGUGAACAUUCCUGGUGCGAUUCUCCCAUCAUGUCACAUUUCUGGGAAUUUUGUAUUGGGAUGGAAUUCACAACUUUAAAAUAUACAGAGGAUGGGAAUACUGUUGGCACAGUGGAGGAACUUCCACCUUCACCCAUUCGACUGAAAUGGGAUCUACAUCCUGAGUGUGUUGAUUUAGUUAGGUCGUCCAUGCAGAUAGCUAAUGCCAUCAUUGCCGAAGUAGAUCUUCAAGUCUUGUACCAUUCUGAUUAUGGGAAAGAUUUUAUUAAAAAAUGCAAAGUUAGUCCUGAUGCUUAUAUACAGAUGGUUUUGCAGCUAGCAUAUUAUAGAGAUGCAAAACGAUUCAAUCUUACAUAUGAAGCUUCAAUGAUGAGGCUGUUCCGUGAGGGACGUACUGAAACCGUUAGGCCUGUAACAAUGGAGUCUUGUGACUUUGUCCUUGCUGUAGAUAACACAGCCAUAUCGGCAACAGAAAAACUUCGUUUAUUGCAAAGAGCUUGUUCAAAACACCAAGAAUCAUAUCUUAAUGCCAUGGUUGGGAAAGGAAUCGAUCGGCAUAUUUUCUGUUUGUAUGUGGUUUCAAAACACUUAGAAGUAGAGUCACCAUUCUUAAAAGAAGUAUUGGGUGAACCGUGGAGACUUUCUACUAGUCAGACACCUCACAAUCAUGCUGGUAUAUUAGAUACCAAGAAAUAUCCACAAUAUGUUUGCCUGGGUGGUGGAUUCGGUCCAGUUGCUGAUGACGGAUAUGGUGUUUCAUAUGACAUAGCAUCAGAAAAUGUUAUGUUUUUCCAUGUUUCCAGUAAAAGAACAUCACCAGAAACAGACACAACACGCUUCAUUGAUCUUAUUGAGAAGUCUUUGAGUGAUGUGAGGCAAAUCUUUCUGGACAGUGUGGCAGAAAAGUGAACUCAAUGUCAUGCAAGAUUUGUAUAACUGCCAUUAUCAGAUUUGCAUUUUAGAUCGUUGGGACUAAGGUUUACAUUUGCUUCACAAUACUGUUUUUAUUCUAGAGAAAGCUUAGCUUGGAAGCAAUUGAAGGAGAAAUCUUUGUGUUGCACAUAUUUCUUUGCUACAUUUCCUCUUGAUGUGACAUUUUUUCUCCUGAACUAAACCUGCUGAUCAAAAUUACAUAUGGAUACACUUUGAAUUAGCAUUAAUAUAAUGAACUGUACUUAAUGAUAUUAACUGGAAGAAAAAAAAUUCUGUGAUUAUAGGAAUUUUUUCUUAAUAGUCAAUAUUUUUACCUUUACUUAAUAUAUUUACAUUCAUACUUGUAUAAAUAGAAAUUCAUCUAUGAAAAUGUAUCUUUUUUUAUACACUCUACAUAAAAAUUUCUCCAAUGAUUUUGUGCUAAGAAAUAUUUAAUUUUCGUUACAUGAUAUUUAAAUAGUAUUUUUUAUUACUUUUAAGUAUUUUACUUAUUUAAAAAAUUGACAAAUUUACCCUUUUUAUUUAGAAUUGGAGUACGGUUUAAAUGAUACUUUUAGACGCUGUUUUUAUUCACUUUUAAGCUAUCUUAGCUCUUAGAGUUUUAAAAAAAUGCUUCUUCUUUUUCCUUUUUUUUUUUUUUUUUNUUUUUUUUUUUUUUUUUUUUUUUUUUUUUUUUUUUUUUUUUUUUUUUUUUUUUGCUAGUAAUAUUCAAGAGUUUAAACAUUUCAGCCUGUUAAUCAGAGAAUAAAAUUUUGUUUAAAUUCAUUUUACGAUGGGGACUUCUUUCUUUAUAGUAAUUUCCCUGUUGAAACAGUUAACUAUUUUUUACUCUGACAUUUUUUUAAUUGAUUCUAAAGAUACUCUUGUGUAUUAAUCAAAAAGAGAAAAAAAAGAUUUCCAGUUCUAUUUGUUCAUAAUAGCCCUCAUAUUUUUCAAACAUUUUUAUUAAUUUUCUAUGCAAGCAUGCGUAAUUAAUUAUCUUGUUUUAAUAUAUUCUUAAACUAUAAUUUUUUUACAUUAAGAACUUUUCUAAUUAAAUGAAGAAAGGCGUUUUUUUUAUUUUGUUAAUAUCUAUUGUGAUAUUGCUUUAUUGAACAAUUUUACUAUUUUUUUCAACAAUGGGAUGAUAACUAUUUUGUUAAUAAUUGCUUUUUUAUACUUUAAGAAAAUUAAUUUUUAAAACAAAGAUGUGCAUUUUUAUAUGAUUAUAUUAAAUUCUGAUGAUAUUAUUAUAUUUAUUAAGCGUUUUUGCAACUUCGCUCAUAGUUGUCUUGCCAAUUAAAAUUUGUUUUGCAUCCUUUAUAGAAAUUAGUUUUGUUGAAGUGUUUGUCUUAUUUUGUUAUAAUCCUUGCUGAUAAUGCUUUGUUGAACGUUUUUACUAUUUUUUUACAUAGCUGUCUUGCUUAUAAAAAUUAUUUUUUGGACCUUCAGAAAUUAGGUUUUGUAAUUACAUUUAAAAGAAUAAAAGAAAAACUUAAUAGUUUAGUUUGUUGCAUUAUCUUAUCCCUAGUGAUAUUUAUUACAUUCUUUGGUACUUUUCCAUUUCGCCAGCGCAAGCGAUAAAGUUGCUAAUAAAAAGUCACUGGCUUUAAGUAUAUUCAACUUUAUUUUAUUUAUUUUUUUUUUGGUGAUGAAUAUUUAAAAGAAAUAGAAAAGUAUCCAUUCUUCUAACCCAUUAACUAUUUUUUUUACUCAAGCAUAAUUUGCUUUUAAAUUGUUUUCAUGAUAGUUUUCUUUCCUUAAAGAAAUAACUUUUUCAAUUAAAUAAAAAAGAAUUAUUAUAAUUUAUGGUGAUUAUGCUUAAUUAAGCAUUUUCAAAAAACUUUUUGACAAUAAUAUGUAAAGCUACCUUGCUAAUAAAAAUUUGUUUUCAUAAUUUAAAGAAGUGUAUAUCAUCUUAAAUGAUUAUAAUAAUCAUAUAAAAUUAAUUAUGAAAACUCGUUUUAUUUGAAUAAUUAUAUCCAUUGUGAUAUUUAUUACAUAUUUCAUAGAUUUUUUUACAGAUUAUUUUGCAUACACUGCUGGUAUGCGAUAGAUAGGAAAUAUUAGUUCCAAAAAAAAGCACAAACUACUACUUGAAUUUUACGCAAUAUAAUUCUUUGUAUUUCUAUUAAUGGAUUUAAUUUAAAUGCUGCAAAACUUGCCAUACAAUGCAGACAAAAGUGCAGAAAAUUUUAGUCUUUAUUUCUGAAUGCUUAGUGUUAUUUUCCUUAAAGUGCACAUAUAUUUGAAGUGUUCACUCUGGAAGUCUAUAAAUUUUGGAGAGUAUAUCAAAUAAUAAUUAGAAAUUUUAUUCGCAUGUGAUUUUUUUUUUUAUGUACAUAAUUUGUGAACAAUUUAAUACCAGAUGCUAUUUCAACUUAUUUUUAUUCAAUUUUUUGUAUUUUUCUCAACAGAGUCAAAUAAUAUCUUAUUUAAAUUCAGUAUCCCUUUAAUUUUUCACUUUAUAAAAUCGCAAAAGAUUUUUUAAAUUAACUUAACAAAAAAUAGAGUUGGUUAUGCAUAAUUAUAAAUUAUAAUUUCAGUUAAUAAUUUUUGGUGUAUUAAAAAAUUAAUAGUACAAUCCAGUUACUUAGUGAUAUAACCUUUAUCGUCUUUUUGCAUUUAAGAAAAAUGCCUUUUAUAUUCUUUACAAUUCACUUAUAAUAUUUUUUAAAGUUUGCUUCUGUAUUCAAAAUUGUACUCUUAUGACUGUUAAUGCAAGUUAGCUGUGCAAAAAAAGCUAAUUUUUAUUCUUCUAGACAAUGUGUUGAGUUGUUUUUGUCAUUGCUUAAAUAUUCAUAUUUGUAUGAUUUUUACAUUCCAUACAAUUACAUUCUUUUUGUUGCAAUCUUUUAAUAAUUUUGAAGCAAAGGUAUUUGUUUUCAUCAUCAAUAAAGCAUUUAUAGAAAAGCU